GCGCGGACAGCCGGCCUCAGACCGCGGACCUCGGCGCUCGGAGCCUCGCUCGCGGCCGAGCAGGAGCGGCGGCCCCCACCCCCCGGGCCCCGGACGCGCGGGACCAGGUGGUCAGCACUCGGUGGAGUCCGGUGUUCUCCGCAUCACCCAGGUCUGCAGGGACCCCAGUGCCACAGACCUCCUCCCUCUUCUCCAGGAGGGCGUCCUGCCAUGAGGGGGCGGGCCAGCUGAGCCCCUGGGGACCCUGGAAUUUGGCUGGAAGACCGUUCCUCUCCUCCCAUCAGGACGUAUCAGAGGGUACAGGAUCCAGACAGCAAGCACAGUGGUCAGAUUGCAAGUUCUCCAGUCAACAUCCCUCCUCCCCGCCCCGUCUUCCCAGAGCCUGGAAGGGCUGUGCUUUGAGACUGCUCUGCCAUGAGCGCCGCGCGCGCGUGCCGGCCGUCCUGGGACUUGGCCCUGGACCCACUGGUGUCCUGCAAGCUGUGUCUGGGGGAGUACCCCGUGGAGCAGAUGACGACCAUCUCCCAGUGCCAUGCCUGAAACAGUAUGUGGAGCUCUUGAUCAAAGAAGGAUUAGAAACUGCGAUUAGCUGUCCAGAUGCUGCCUGCCCCAAACAAGGCCACCUGCAGGAGAAUGAGAUUGAGUGCAUGGUGGCGGCUGAAAUUAUGCAAAGAUACAAAAAGCUACAGUUUGAAAGAGAGGUGCUCCUGGACCCCUGUCGGACUUGGUGCCCGGCGUCUACCUGCCAGGCGGUGUGCCAGCUCCAGGAGAUGGGGCUACACACCCCCCAGCUGGUCCAGUGCAAAGCCUGUGACACGGAGUUCUGCUCUGCCUGCAAAGCCAGCUGGCACCCCGGCCAGGGUUGCCCGGAGACCAUGCCCAUCACCUUCCUUCCCGGGGAGACCAGCUCCGCUUUCAAGCUGGACGAGGACGACGCACCCAUCAAGCGCUGCCCCAAGUGCAAAGUCUACAUCGAGCGGGACGAAGGCUGUGCCCAGAUGAUGUGUAAGAACUGCAAACACGCCUUCUGCUGGUACUGCUUGGAGUCCCUGGAUGACGACUUCCUCCUGAUCCAUUAUGAUAAAGGGCCCUGCAGGAACAAGCUGGGCCACUCCAGGGCGUCUGUCAUCUGGCAUCGGACGCAGGUCGUGGGCAUCUUUGCUGGAUUUGGGCUCCUGCUCCUGGUGGCCUCCCCUUUCCUGCUCCUGGCCACUCCGUUUGUACUUUGCUGCAAGUGCAAGUGCAGUAAAGGUGACGAUGACCCUCUGCCCACCUAGAGAACGGCGCGAUGCUGGAGCAGGACCCCCGCCUGCGGGAAGCGUGGUUCCCCCACCCCACCCCGCUGUCCCCCUCUCACUAAACAUCUCUCUUGCCUUAUGUGCCCCAUUGAGCUUCACAGUGUCACGCCAGGACGCCGUGAUUCCAGGGAUUGAUGUCAGGUCGUCGGCCCAGGCCCCAGGUGCGGUCACCCCCGGCAUGGGGGAGGCAAGGCUGGCGUGGGUGGGGCGCGUCACAUAGGGUGGGUCUCUGCAGACUCGCCGAGGGAGGUGCUGUGCGGAGCGCCCCCCACCCCGGUGACGUUCUCCCCGUCCCGCUGGACCGGGACCCUCUGAUGUUGCCGAGGGGAUCAUCUCAAGCAGAGUGCAGUCUGUCUCCUCCCUGGCUUCAAGCUGGUGCCUCCUCGUGGCUGAGAGAAGUCCUUUAAGGAUCGCGUUUCACUUCAGACAGAAUCCGAGUGUUCUGACUUGAGAAAAGCAUUCUGUUUGGGACAACUCUUUUUAUUACUAAUGGCAUUUAGUAAAAUCCUUUUUAGAAGGCUUCCCCCCCUCCCCCAACCAAGUAGUGAAAAAUCAACACGGUGCAUCGAAACCAUUGUAUGCCUUCUCUUGAGAUGUGCGAUUUUAAGAAGUUAUGGUUAAAUGGCCUUUCUGGCUCGGCCACUUUGCAGGAGAUUUAGGAAGCCUUGUGUACUCUUUGUGUCUUUUCUUGAUGCUCAUGGAGACUUUUUGGAUUGCUGUGCGCUGUAUACUGUUAUCAGCGUGUUUCCUUUAUCACUGAGUUUCUUUUGAACAUACUGAUGCAUUUAAAGGAACAUCUCCACCCUAGGUUCGCCUUUCGUUUUUCUCUAGUGAUUCAGCUCGGCUCACAGGGCUCCUCUCAUGUCUUCAGAAACCGAAUGUUUUACUUGGUAAUAGUUUUAUUGAGAAUCCCUGUGGUUUGGCUGCAGCGUCAGUCCCCUCAAGCAGACAAAACCAAUGGAAUAGUGACCCUGAAGUCCAGGGGAAGGGCUUCCUGGCAGGGGGCUGGGGGACAAGCUUCUGGAUGAAGGGCUUCCUGGCAGGGGGCUGGGGGACAAGCUUCUGGAUGAAGGGCUUCCUGGCAGGGGGCUGGGGGACAAGCUUCUGGAUGUUCACAGUUUUUGACAUGACUGAGUUAUUCUGGAGAAAUCAUCUCUCUUACACAGUUCCAAGUCCCGCUGCUUACCCCUUUGCCCCUGCUGAAAAAAAUCUUCCGCUUCACUUAGUUGUUCUGAUUAAGGGGGUAUUACCACUCGGUCUUUUUACAGCUGUGUGUGACCGUGACCAGGGCAGGCGGAUGCCCAGAUCAAUAACACAUCCCGGGCUCCGUAAGUUAACUUUGGGCAACGUGUGCUUUACAGACAGUUGGCUUUACUGUGGCUUUUAAAGAGCACAUUGAUUUCAUCCAGCUUGGGACUUCUAAACAUAGUAGGUGAUUUUUGUGGAUUUAUCAUGGUGGAACUUUUUAAAACUUAUUGAGCAUUCCACGAAAGAGUAAAAUGAAAACGAAGUCUUUUAUCUCUGUCGUUUGCUUGUGUCAGGCACGUUGGUACAGCGUGGUGGUUUGUAUCCUUGAUGUCUGCGUUUGUGUAUCCAUCUCAGGUCCUCGAUUGCCUUCUCGUAGAGAAAUGACUUUUAUUUGUUAACAUUUAAUCAGCUUAGGAGAAACAGGACCACUCUUGCCCUCUAGGAUUCAUUUUCUUUUUGAAACUGAAGCCAUUUUAGGGAGCCAGUCUGUGUCGAAAUUAUGUGCAAAACAGCCUCCAUAUAAUUGCAGUUUGAAAACUCACUAAGAAUGAGAACAUGCCCGAGGCCAUCUGCCUGGAUGAAGCCUGGGCUCUGAGUCUCUGUAGCUGGAGGUGCUGCUAUCAGGGUCAGGCCUAGAGGUGGGGAAUGGCUUUUCUGGAGAGAGCGACAGCGCCCUGAGGCCUGAAGGUGAACUUUGUGGCCCAGGCUUGAGAGCUCACUGCGAUUUGUGAAUGCCCUUUAAAGUUCUUAUGGAAGACAGCAGGCUCGCGGCCCGUGUCCAGUGGCCCACGGGGCAGAGCUUCCCAUCCCGGAUCAUCCUGUCUGUACUUGCUGCUGCCCGUCAGUUCCAGGGGUCCAGGCGGUAGUGCCCCUUCCUUCAGGGUGGGGACCAGAGCUGUUGGAAACGCUGCCUUCCCUGGGCCAGCGCUCAGGUCCUUUCAUUCCUAGCAGGUGGGGCCGCCUGUUCUCCUGGGGGAGUCCACGGGUAGGUUGUGCACACGCGGAGCCCCUGCCAGCCCUGUGCCUUUAGCCCUGACAGUUCACCGCACAUGGUGCAACCCGGGUAGGACACACCGGGAUUCUGGGGUCCCCCGGGGCCUGAGUCACAUCUGCUUGCUCUGAGUUUUUACAUCAAGCCUGCCUGAGCGUGCUCGGUGUAAUUUAGGAAAAGCAAAAAUAAAGCUGCCUGUUCCCUAGAAAUACACCGGCAGGGUCGCCUUGAGAGCCUUUCGGAGACUUGCAGCAUCACCAUCUGAUGCCCCUCCUUUCAGCGAGGAGCGCCGUCCCUGUUGUUCAUGGGGACGCAGGAUGGACCGGGCCUGAUGUCAGGUGCAUACAGGAUGUAAGGAGAUGGCCCGCGUUGUGGUUUCUGACCUUGCCGUCACUCCCAGGAAAGCCUGGGUGUUUGACACUGCAGAUGUGGCUUUAAUCGAAGAUGACCUUUGACAGGUGGUAUUCACACUGACCCUCUGGAAGCACACAUCUGUUAAUUCAUUUAGAGGCCUUUAAUUCUGGGGGGGUGGGGAGGGGAAGAAGAACACGGAGAUGGACUGUGGCUGAGUGCCCCUGGCUGGGUGGGGGCGACGGAGGGUGUGGUGAUCAGAGUCCUUUGGGAAUGGAUGGUGCAGUGAGGUUUCACUGGCCAUGCCUGGGCUCUGAGCUGGGCUCCGCCCUGCGUCCUGUAGCCUGACCAGCCCAGCUUCACCAUCGUCACCGGGGACCAGCGCCUUCAGGGGUGUCGUUAUAGAUGGUAACUCAGCAGAGACCGACCCAGGACCUGAGUGUAAAGAGAACCUUUGAAGACCCGAAUGCUGGCCCAUCAGUGUUUCCUUCACCCCCGGGAGGAGCUAAGGAACGAUGUCUGACCCUCUGGAAUCUUUUUAAAGGGGAACAGAUUCUCUUUACAGCAUACUGUUUCUUAAAACCGGUUUAAGAACCAGACAAAUUCCUGAUGAGCACAUAGGACCCGGGGAAAGGGGCUUAUCAGAUAUGCAGAAAUUACUCCAAGAUGAUUUCAUCUUUCUCACCUGUGUUCCAAAAGUUAAAAGUUAUUUUGCAAAUUAGAAGAGAGUGUUUUCCCUUGGUUGUGUUUAAAAAUGAGAGUACUGGAAAGAACCAGGGUGGGCUUUUUUUUUUUUGUCUAUUUCUCAGAUUCUCAUUGAUGAAUAAAUACCUGUCUAUGUAUAUAUAAAUCAUAGUGAAAUCAUCAAGGGAAAACAUUUUGCAUGUAUAAAGCUUCCUGAAGGUCUCUUUCAAAAAUACCAAAGCUUGUUUAUUCCUUAUCAUUAACCCAAGCCCUUAUGAAAGUAAACAAAAUGAAGAGUUGUGACUGGUGUUGUCAAAAUUGCCAGCUGGAAAGAAGGGGGUGCAUGAGAGCAGAAUGACUGAUGCGUCCUGACCCGGAGAGCCUGCUGUUUGGGGGCGCCAAGCCCAUGCUCGCCCCUCCUUAGUUUGCACAAUCCUGUCUUCCGAGAUUCCAGCAGCCUUCAGGGAGGGGUAGGUACCCGACCUUUCCCUUAUCUCAUUUUACCGUGGGUGUAUUCUACUCUUGUGUAAAAACAUGCAUGAAUGAGUCAUGCACAUGUAUACAUUAUGUAUUUGACAAGUGGUGGUAAAAACAAACAAACAAACAAAAAAAACCAAAACAAGUUUGGUUUGUGUUUUUGAAAUGUCAGUACAUUUUGUGCCACUCACACUGUGAUGUAUAAAAGAGCUGUUUGAACGCCUUUUAAUGUCGUGUUUUGUACUUUGGAAUCAUAUAGACAAGUUUGAUUUGUAAUUUCAAUACAUAUUUUAAGUGUAUUGUGUCUUAUGUAGUUUGUCCCCCACCCCUUUAGAAGGGAUUUCUUUUUAAAGAUAUUUUGGCUGGAAUACAGGUUACUUUUGUAAAUCC